AUGGGAUCGGAGUCGGCGGCCGUGGAAAUGCUGAGGCGGGAAAUCCCGCUGGUGGCGGCGGGGAAGGAAGACGGGGAUGGUAGCUUCGUGCUGGGGGCGGGCGACGAUGGGAGAAACGUCGGCCUGGUCCUCAUCGAUAUCGUGAACGGCUUCUGCACCGUCGGAGCCGGCAAUCUCGUAAGCUCCCCGCUUCUCCCUCCCCUCCCUUCCUUCCUUCCUCCCUCUUCCGACCUUCUUCCUUGUUCCUUCUUCUCUCCAAAUCUCCUCUCCUUCCUCUUCCUAACGAGCUCGCAACGACGGCCGCGGAUUGGCUUCGCGUUCGCACAGGCCCCGGCGGCGCCCGAUGCUCAGAUUGCCGCCAUGGUGGAGGAAUCCGACAAGCUGGCGAAGGUCUUCUGCGAGAGGAAUUGGCCCGUCUUCUCCUUGCUCGACACCCACUUCCCCGACAAGCCCGAACCCCCCUACCCUCCCCACUGCAUCAUCGGAACCGGAGAGGAGAACCUCGUCCCAGGUACUCUCUCUCUCUCUCUCUCUCUUUUUCUCUCUCCCAACCAACAGGAGGCAAAAUCUUGAGCGUCGGGCAUCUUUAUGCAGCACUGCAGUGGCUGGAGGAGGCCCCAAACGUCACGGUGAGACGCAAAUCCUGCAUCAACGGGUUCAUCGGAUCGAUCAGGGACGACGGCUCCAACGCCUUCGCCGAUUGGGUGAAGGCCCACCAGAUCAAAGUCGUAAGAGCAGCUCCAGCUCCCCCCCUUCCGAUCUCUGCUUAGGAACUAGUUACUGGUGCUUCUUUUCUGCUCAUCGCCUUGGGUUUCAUGGCGUCGUCGGAUUCAUAUGAAGGUCUUGCGGCUGUUGCAGGUGCUGGUGCUCGGAAUCUGCACGGACGUCUGCGUGCUCGACUUUGUGGCGACGGCGCUGGCGGCCAGGAACGUCGGCAUGGUGCCGCCAUUGGAGGACGUCGUCGUAUACUCCCGCGGCUGCGCCACGUACGGGCUUCCCGGCCAUCCCCAGGUGCGCAACGACGACUCGUCGCCUCCCCCCCGGUCUCUGAUUCGCGUUGACCGCCCCGCAGCUUCCUCCUUCCAAGCCGUCGGAAGAAGAGAGGGAAAGCCUGCGUUUGGGGAUUAAAAGUCUGGAUAUGAUCUUCUUCUUCGGUAUCUGAUUAACGCACGAAUUCAGCUCCGGUUCUUUCCGAUGCCUUCUUCUAUCAAGAGAGAGAGAGAGAGAGAGAGAGAGAGAGAGAGAGAGAUGGACGCGGUUCCUUGUUCGUGGAGAGAAGGAAACAUGGAUGAACUGAGACGGCUCCCGUUUUCUUUGCCCUCUGCAGGAACUGAUGCAUCACGUGGGGCUUUACAUCGCGCAGGGGAGAGGAGCCAAGAUAGUCCACCGGGUUUCCAUCGGCAGUUAG